AUGGCUGGUGAGAAGGAGAACAAGAACACUAGUACCUUAAGGGGCUGCAUCAAGAAGAGCAAAGGGCCAUGGGUUGUUCACAGAACCACCAAAGAGGGUGGCAGAGUCACCAGGUAUCGGUUCCCCACCGAGGACGAGCGCCUGAAGAACAAGCAAAGGGAGCGCAAGCGUCGAGCCGUAGCUCACAAAAUAUUUGCAGGGCUGAAGGAGCAUGGUAACUACAACCUUCCAAAGCGUGCUGAUAGCAAUGAUCUGUUGAAAGCUGUUUGUGAAGAGGCUGGUUGGCAUGUGGAGGCCGAUGGAACCAUUUACAGAAAGAAAUCAAGGACAACAAUGGCGGUCUCUAUGGUUCACUCUAGCUGCCAAUUUGUUGAGGAUAUUGGUCAAUCAAGAGAUGAAGAUUACUGCAUAUGCAAUGAUGAUGGAAAUGUUGCAGCACCGACUGGAACCCUCUUAUCACUAGGGUUGGGGCGUUCCCAUGAAUGCCAUGAUAUUAACUUGAUGCUUUCACUCUCCAUUUCCAGUUCCUUCACCUAG